CAACUUUUCAAAUAAUCGAAGUUCUAUUGUAUAUGUCAUUAAAAAUGGAUAAGAGUAUCAUUGAUAUUCGAAAUUCUUGCUAUUUGACGAACCGAAACGUUCUAACAUCCCCUUUAAAGAAGCAAUUUACAUUUUGGAAAUAAAUUUUUUUUAUUCUAACGUAGGAACAAUAAAGACCAAAGAGCCCUCAUAAACUAUGAAAACAGAAAUAACAGGAAACAAUAAAAUAUCUUAACUCUAUUCAGUAUUAUGUUCUAUCCUGAUCUAAUAUAUCAAAGAACGUUUAGGAAUGUCAUGGUACACAGAAAAAGGAUCUGAACUUUCAAAAAAAUAUUAAAUAAUAAUAAUUUUAACCCUUAUCAGUUUUGCUUAUUCAUUGAAGCAGCAGUUUUAAUCGCUAAAUGUUUGAUAUUUUCGUCCAAUCAAAAAUAAAAAUUCGACGAUACUAAUUUUUAUAACUUAUAAUGUGUUAUGGAUAUCCGGUAAAAUGUCCAGAGCUAUUCCUUUCUGAGACUGUUAGUUAGAACUGCGACUAGUUAUGAAAGAUGGUUAAGAGCGACCAAUCAGAUCGUUAUGGAAGCAAAUUGCACAAGACAUUUGGCGUGAAUUUUAAGCUGGGAAACUAUUGGCUGCUAGUGAGAAAAUACUUGGGUUUUAUUGCCUACGUAUCUAUCAUAGUAGGCACCUCUUUCCUCAUAUGUUGCGCUUUUUGGCUGCCAGAUGUCAGACUUUGGUGCAAAUUUGGUGAAUACAACAAUAAAGCACGUAGCAUUGACAGUUUUCUUCUUUUGAGGGAGAAGGAAAGAGCAUCAUACGACAGGUUGAUGCGGUAUAUUCUACACCCCCAGGCACCCUGUCAGACGAUUCAAAUUCUUGGAGGUAAAAAAGGACGGAAUAAGAAAUUUGACGGUGAUAAAGUGAUUUGCCUAGAGCCUGGUCCUGGUCUAGGCGAAGAUUGUAUUGUGUAUUCUUUUGGGAUAUCAAAUGAUUGGUCUUUUGAUGAGAGCAUUCAUGAUAAAUUUGGUUGUCAAGUGUACUCCUUUGAUCCAAGUAUGGGUAUUGAAGACCAUGACCACACCAAAGAUAUUCAUUUUUUUAACAUGGGAGUUGGAGAGUUUGACGGUAAAAUAAAUGUAGGAGACCAAAUGUGGAAUAUGAGAACACUGGAUACAAUAAUACACCAGUUAGGACACAAGAAUCGAACGAUAGAUGUAUUGAAGCUUGAUAUAGAAGGGGCAGAAUAUGUCGUUCUUGAAGACAUUCUUUCAAAAGGACUUUUAAACCAUGUCAAUCACCUCUGUAUGGAGAUACAUCUUCCGGACAACCCCUACUGGACAAGGGUCUUAAAAUUGCUCAAGAGAAUUGAAGAAGAAGCAGGGCUUCGACAUUUCAGCACUCGCAACAACACUCAGACCCCUUUGAUGAGGGUGCCCGGGUUCUACGCAAGACUAGAGCAACAUUUUUUCGAAAUGGCAUGGUACAGGCACUGAAAAUCAGCACAUGGAUGGCAUGUCUCAUAAUUUCACAAGAACUCAAACACUAAACCUAUGUAUUUAUAGUAAAUGAGCGGCUUGAUGCUGACUGGACAUAACAUAAGAAAAUAAUAAAACUUGAGUUUUUUUUUUAGAA